GUCAACUGAUGCCUCCACGAGUCUGGCCAACGUCUUGGUGAUUUUCUUGCGCUCGCCGAGAUUCAGAGUUGCACGAUGCUAUGCGAAAGCAGAGUUGCCCUGUCGCAAGAUGCCUGGAGACGAUGCUUGCUCACCUCACUUCUAUCCACCCUCCAACCUGUCCUAUCCCAGCGGGCCUUGUGAUUUGUCCGCUGACAGGGCUCGUGCACCCGGAGUCCGCUAAAGACCAAAUAUUGCUCGUUAUCCAACACCGCCAAGUUUACGCGCACCUAUCACAUGCAUCCAGACUCGGAUUGACACCUUGGACACUUGCUCAUACACACUCUGCUGGCAACAGUUCUAUUGCUGAGCUCCCAUGGCCAUGGACUCUGAUGUGCUGGUUGAAAUAGCAUCGAAAAUCCUGCUUACAUUCUGAUCGCGUUGCAAUAUGUCGCACGCUCGAAGUCGACUUUCCGGACUGUGCUUUCGCUUGGCAGACGCCAAGUUCCGUGCCCGUCGUCUGGCCAGUAUUUAUUCGGAAGCGCGAAUGUUUUUUUCUCUCAAGCAUCCUCCAACACCAAACACCGCCGUCGACUGUCGCUGCCAGACUCUCUACGCAUCUGUUAUGCUCAUCUGCGCGACACUCGACGGCUGUUGUAAUUCCCUAUAGGACUGCUGUGAAGUGAACCACCUAUAAGAGAUGGAAUAUUGGAUACAAUCAGGGUGUUGAGUGACUGCUGGACAACACCAACAUCCAACAGCACAAAUGGUCAGUCGCUUUCGCUCUUCUGCUGCUUCGCAUAACAUCGCCCACCUCUUUUAUGAUGAAACCCAUACCACAUUCGCAGUUUUCACGCUAGCCGUCACCUAGAACCUAUUUCGACGGUCGUUGAGCGUCUUAUCUUCCUUGGAUGUCUGAUUCCUUUUUUCACAAUUCACAAUUUUGAUCGUCACUGCUUUGUGUGAACCCAUUGCUGACAAUCUCAAAGACACAGGUCAAUUUCCAAUACUUCUUCUCUAC